AUGAUCUUCACCGCAUCUGAUGGCAAGCAGUUCGAGGAUCGAGCGGCAUGGCGGCUCUACGAGUUCGAGUUGACCUACACGUUCCGUAACAAGAAGGACGAGACGCUCAUGAAGCUGCCUGGGCAGAUCGAAGGACAACCUUUUGACGUCUCGGACCUGGAGGGAUGCACGGUCAUGCUGCUGGACCACAUUAACCAGGUGCAGAUCGACAACCUGGCAAAUUGCCGAGUUUUCGUCGGUCCAAGUUCGGAGUCCGUUUUCGUUCGAAACUGCAGUAAUUGCGUCUUUACUAUCGCGUGCAAGCAGCUUCGAACACGAGACUGCUCGGGCUGCUCAAUCUACCUAUACUCGCUGACAGACCCGAUCAUCGAGACGUCGCAGCAGAUGACAUUCGCUCCAUUCAACGGUGCUUACUGCGGCAUUGAGCGGAACUUUACGGACGCGCGGUUGGAACCAGCAAAUAACCACUGGUCGCAGCUCUACGACUUCAAUGACCCCAACAAGACAGGUGCCAACUGGCGCAUUCUCCGUGAGUUUUGCGUCGAGCAAGAGGAAGAAGUUGCGCCGUGGGUGAUUGACAUCGAACCGCAAGUCCCUGGCGCCACUGCGUCGUUGGGCGCAUGUGUGAAUCCGGUUGCGCGGGACUCUGGUUUUGUGAAGUACACCGACAGCUCUGCGUCGGCCUCUGGCGGCAUGCAGUCGUUUACGUUUAACACAUCCCAGAAGGAAGCAACCAAGGUGAUGCAGACCACUACGUCCGACACUUCCGUUGCAUCGUCGAUUCCUGCUGCAAUUGCAACUGCACCUGCACCGAUGACAUCUCAAGUUGUACCAGUCGCUCCCACGAGUGCAGCUCCAGCUCCGUCAGCCCCUGCCCAAGCGCCACCAGUACCUCCACCUGCUCCCGUUGAAGGUUCUCACGCUCUGAAGCAGGCUAUUGCUGCGUCGCCAGAGCACGUCGCACCUCCUUCCAUGGGAUCUCCAGUGCUACCUCCAGUCGAAGGAGCCGACUUGGCCACGAAAGGGUGCGUUACAGAUGCGCCUGUGGUGGACGUCGUCGUAGAGCAAGUCACCGAGAUGAUGGGGAUGAUGUAA